CUUGUGUGUAAGGCAAGGUGGGAUAUCAGACCUACCAUUACAGCGACUUCACCACCACCGAAACCCACCACCAACUCGCCCAGCCACCACAAAGACUCGCCCACCAUGAGCGACACAAUGAAGCGCAAGCGCGCGGGCCUGCAGAAGCUGCACAAUCUGCCGAUGCUCCAAAACCUGAUCCGCCGCGACCCACCCUCAUACCGCGAGGAGUUCCUGCGGCAGCAUGGGCACUACGAAUCGCAGCGCCUAAUCUUCAUCUCGCAGCCGACGGCGGCCAAUACCGAGGCGUUCACGGAGCUAAUCGGAUUCAUGUCCGCGGUCGCCUCCUCGUACCCCGACAUUACCUCGACCUUUGCCGACGACCUGGCGCAAUUGCUGCUGAAGAACCAUGGAUCGCUCGACCAUGACCUACGCGCAAAGAUUGUCCAGUCCCUCGUUCUCAUGCGGAAUAAGGAUGUCAUCACUUCUUCGGCGCUGCUGCAGACGCUGUUCCCAGUCCUCACUACCACCACGAGUAAACAGCUGCGCGGUCAGAUCUACAAGUCGGUGGUCACAGAUCUGAAAAAUUCGAACAACAAGACGAAAAACCAUAAGCUGAAUAAAGCUGUCCAGGCAGUCCUGUUUGAGCUGGUCGAGGCGGGCAAGGAGGAUCAUACGUCCACUGCGGGCCUGUGGGCGGUCAAGCUGACGAGAGAGCUAUGGAAGCGUGGUGUGUGGGAUGAUGCUCGGACGGUCGAGAUCAUGAAGGAGGCAUCGUUGAGUGCCAAUCAGAAGGUCAUGAGCGGUGGUAUCAGAUUCUUCUUGGGCGUGGAUCAGGAGAGGGAGGACCUGGAGAAUGAGAGUGAGGACGAGACUGUGGAUUUGGGACGGGUGAAGCAUCAGAUGCAAAUCAACAAGAAGAAGGGAAAUUCGUGGAAGAAACUGGAGAAAGCGCAGAUGCAGCUGAAGAAGAAAGAGAAAAACAAGCUUAAGCCACACCCCCUCAACUUCUCCGCCCUUCACCUUCUCCAUGACCCGCAAGGUUUCGCCGACCUUCUGUUCUCCAAGCACCUCUCGCGCAACAACAAGCUCACCCUGGAGCAAAAAAUCCUGGUCCUACAACUAGUCUCGCGUCUCGUGGGACUGCACAAGCUCAGCGUACUAGGCCUAUACUCGCACCUCCUCAAAUACCUGACCCCCCGCCAGCGGGACGUAACACAAAUCCUGAUCGUGGCGGCCCAAGCCACGCACGAUCUGGUGCCGCCGGACUGUUUGGAACCGAUCGUGCGGAAGAUCGCGGUCGAGUUCGUGUCGGAGGGAGUAGCGGGCGAGGUCGCAACCGCGGGGUUAAAUGCCAUCCGCGAGAUCUGUGCGCGUGCGCCGCUGGCUAUGGACUCUACGCUCCUCCAGGAUCUGGUCGAGUACAAGGGCUCGAAAGAUAAGGGUGUCAUGAUGGCGGCCCGCUCGCUCAUCACCCUGUAUAGAGAGGUGGCGCCAGAGAUGCUGAAGCGCAAGGACCGCGGGAAGGUCGCGAGCAUGGGAAUGGCUGAGCACACUACGCUGCGGUAUGGUCAGGAACAGGAGGGUACCAUCGAGGGUCUCGACCUGCUGGAAGCGUGGAAGGAAGAGCAGAAGGCCGCCAAGCGGGCGGAGCUUGGCUUGGAUACAGACGACGAGGACGAGGAAGAGGGCGAAGAGGAUGCCUGGGCCAAGUGGGAGGUUGAGGACGACUCCAGCGACGACGAGGACGGUGCUGGUUGGGUCAAUGUCGAGAGCGACGGCGAGGACAUCAAUAUCAGCGACAGUGAGGACGAGGGCGAGCCGAGAAAGCAGAAGAAGAAGGUCAAGCUUUCUGGUGAUGAUGACGAUGAGGCGGUGAAACCCGAGGCUGUCAAGACGGAGGAGAAGAAGCUCUCGAUGCUCGCUACGACGAAGAUCCUUACGCCCGCAGACUUUGCGAAGCUGGAGGAGCUGCGGCAGGCCGCUGGACUCGCGAAGAUCAUGGGCAAGAAGCUGACUCACGAAGACGCCGUCGAGAAGAACAUGAUCGAAGGCCGGCUCCGGCGCGGCAAGUCCGACAAGGACGCGCGCGUAGAGGCAGUGAUGGAGGGCCGCGAAGGGCGAGAAAAAUACUCAUCCAACCGCGGGAAAAAGCUGGGCGAGAAGCCGCACUCCACCACCAACAGGGAGAAGUCGCGGAAAAAGAACUUCCUCAUGACGCUCAGAAAACAUAAGAGUGGCCAGAAGAUGAAGCUGGUCGAGACGAGACGACUGCUCAAGGAGAGUAAGGAUAAGCGCCAGGGAAAGAAGAGGUAGUGGGUGAGUCUUUACAUAUAUGUCUCGGCCGUAUGUAAAUGUAUACAUAGUCGAACGGGCGAUCUGCAGUGCGGCCGGCCGGCAGUAAUUCACGCGGGAAAAGAGAGAAUACCU